AUGGCUUCCUCCGCUCCACGGACAGUUCCCCACUUCAUCGAGGCGAUGAAGCUGGUUUACGGCAACUUUGACCACCUCUUCGAAGAUGCCGCUCGCUCGUGGACUGCCCCGGAUAAGCCUGGCGCCGGCGGCCAUCGCGGCCGCUACUUGUGGACUGACGCCUUCGGCCUUGUCAACUUCAUCACCCUGUCGCGCGAGACCCAGUCGUCGGUGUACCUGACACUAGCCAAACAGUUGGCAAAGACGGUCCAUGAUGUGCUAGGCCGUACGCGUGAUGGCACGGCCCGACUACCUCGCGCAACCGACGACGAGCCGCUCAAAGGAGGCUUACGUAUUGGCAAGAUGUCGGAACACGGCUACGACGGCGACGGCCAGUACCACCACUACCUUACGCUAUGGAUGUUCGCUUUGAAUCGCUUGGCACUGGCAACAGAGGAGCCGGAAUGGAAUCGUCUGGCCAUACAGCUAGCGAAAGCCAUUCAUCCACACUUUGUGGUACGCCAGAACGGCGCCGCGACCCGCAUGGUCUGGAAGGUCUCAACCGACUUGGAUGACGUGUUGGUCCCGUCCGAGGGCCAUCUUGAUGCCGCGACUGGUUUUGCCGUGUACCGACUCCUGCAGCGCACUGCGGAAAAACUGCAUGGCGGCCCGGCCGCUGAGGGACUGUUAACUAGCGAGAUUGCAGACUAUCGUCGGCUGAUGGGCCGCGCGGGAGGGAGCAAACUGCAGGCUAGCCGCGAUCCUUUGGAUUUAGGCAUGGGCCUGUGGAUGGCACACUUUUUCCGCGAUGAGGAUUGGGCAGCUAACUUGGGUAACCAAAGCCUGGAGAUGGCGCGGACCAUGCUGCUGGACGAGCGUCACGGGCUGAUGGCUCGGAAUGCGUCGCGACGGCUGGCCUUCCGCGAGUUUGGGACAUGUUUGGGGCUGGAGUGCUGGGGUGUUGAUGAUGACAGUUGCGCUGAUCUGCGUAGGGGCGUGGAUAAUGUGGUUGACUUCUGGCAUCGCUAUCUGGAGGAGUCAACAGAUGAGGAUUUGCGUCCCAUCUCGUUGGUUAUGUAUGCGGCUGCCUUGAUACCAGGAGGUCCACAAAUCCGCCGGCUGCCCCGGCCAGAGCUUAACACGGACUUGCUGGCCCUCGAGGAUGGUGUCAAGAACUACACCUGCCCUCCAGACCACUAUAAUGUCUACGUAUACUCGCGGCAUCCGCUAGUUUUAUAUAUUGAGGGCUUCUUGUCACGAGACGAAAGGAAGCAUUUGCUCGAGAUAAGUGAGCCCCUCUAUGCACCAUCCACAGUUACGGCCGGGGAUAGCACGGAACGCGUACCCGCGGUACGUGACUCCGAGGUGGCUAUGAUCCCCCGUACCGGUACGGUGAAGUGCAUCGAAGACCGGGCACGCGCACUACAGGGCUGGCGCGAUGAAGUGUGGAUUGAACGGCUUCGGGUGCAGCGGUACCGCGAGGGCGGACACUACGAGCACCAUUUUGACUGGGGUACGGGACGCGGUGGCUGGGGCAGAGUAAGCAGCUUCAUGGUGUGGGUUUCUGGAUCAGGUGUGGUCCAACAGGACGGGGCUGAGGCCGAGGAGAUGCUUGAGGGAGGGGGCACUCAGUUCCCUCUUCUACCACAUAGGCGGGAUGAGAGAUGGUGCCAGUUCAUUGAAUGUCCUCCUCCUGAACAGGCAGGAGAUGAUGACGCGGAACGGAAGGGCGUCAUCUUUAGGCCGCGACCGGGAAAUGCCGUGUACUGGGAGAAUUUUAUGUCGGAUGGUUCCGGGAGGGCAUUUGAGGAGACGUGGCAUGCUGGACUACCGGUGAAGAAGGGAACAAAAGUGGGAUUGAACAUCUGGAGUUGGGGGAGGAUUGAACGCGGCCUUAUGACGUAUGACGUAGAAGGUUGCAUCAGCUUCUCCAGCCCCCGCCAGCAUGCUGUCUUAUGA